AGUUUUCACAUUCCCUCUUUCUCUUGUCUUCUUCCCAUUCUCCUUUUUCUCUUUCUUUCUGUUCAUUGAAAGAUAGCUAGAAAAACCAUAGCCAAAGCCAAAAGCGAACUCUCUUUCUCCCGAGAUCUGCUCCCUUUCUCUCGUCGCGUAGAUCCUCAGCUUAUCUGAUUUAGUCAUACCCCCCAACAUCAUAUCCUGUACGAAUCACUGCUCCGAUUCUGUGAAACGGAAAACAGAGCACGGUUUGAUCUGUAGAUACUGAGUUGUGUCAAGUAGCAGUAUGGAGGCUAUAAAGAAGCAAGCUACUAAGCUUAGAGAGCAAGUGGCCAAGCAACAGCAAGCUGUGCUAAGGCAUUUAGGGCAUUUUGGUAAUGAAGAUGUUGUAGUUGAUGAAAGUGAAGUUCAGUGUCACCAACAGCUUCAGGAUCUAUACACGUCUACAAGGGCAGCUAAGCAUUUGCAAAGGAAUAUAGUCCGUGGUAUAGAAGCUUUUAUUGCUACAAGUUCAAAGCUGAUGGAGAUUGUUAAGAAACUGGGUGAUGAUUGUUGCAAAUAUGGAACUGAGAAUCAAAAUAGUAGUUCUACUCUUGCAAGAGCUGCUCUUCUCCUUGGCACCUCACUUAAAUCAGUGGAGGAUGAGAGAGGGACUUUGCAUGGGGUACUUGGUGAGCAGGUUUCUGAGCCGCUACGGACAUUAGUAAAUGGUGCUCCUUUGGAGGAUGCUCGCCAAUUGGCUCACCGCUAUGACAAACUGCGCCAAGAGGUUGAAGCUCAGGCAGCUGAUAUUUUGAGGCGCAGAUCAAAGACUAAGGAGUCUGAAAUUUCUGCAGAAAGUUACAUGAAGCUUAAAAAUGCAGAAGCAAGACUGACUGAACUUAAAUCUUCAAUGAUGGCAUUGGGGAAAGAAGCAACUGCUGCUAUGUUGUCUGUUCAGGAUCAGCAGCAAAAUACGACUUUUCAGCGGCUUUUGGCAAUGGUUGAUGCUGAAAAAUCGUAUCAUCGGCGUGCUCUUGAUAUUUUAGAGAAGCUGCAUGCUGAGAUGGUUCAGGAGGAGCAAUCUAAUGAGUCCUUAGUGCAAUCAAUGACGAUGCAAAGAGAGAUGAAUGUUCAUCCUGCACGUCAUGUUACUUAUUCAAAUGGAUCAGAUGUUUCCAAAGACAAUCACAAUAAAACAUAUUUCAUUGCAAAAGUAUGGCCUCUGACCCUUUAUCAAUCUAAUUCAAUAAGGGAUAAGAAAAAGAGGGGAAGAAUCUCUGCAUUUGCAUUAUGGCAUGUGUGCUUUGCUCUCACUGGGAAGACUUAAAGAGAGUAUCUAACCAUAUUGAUGGAUGUAAUUUUAUUUUGUUCAGCAUGUAUAAUUGUGGUGCCUUAAAUGCAGGUUGUACACCCCUUCGAUGCUCAAGCUGAUGGAGAGUUAAGUUUAGCUGUUGAUGAUUAUGUUGUGGUUCGACAGGUGCACUUUCCUUGCCUAAUAUUGAUACAAUUGGUAUUUUGGACAAUAACCUUGCUAUCUUUUUCCCAAAAUGCAGUUAGUGUAAUCAUAUUUCUACUUUUAUUUUGAAACCGGGUAAAUGCAUGUGGGAGUAGAAGAAUCAGGUUUAUGUCUGCAAACCAUAUAUCCUGAUUUUCUUGUUAUUCAACAUCACAAGGUUGGUCCUAGUGGAUGGUCUGAAGGAGAAUCCAAAGGCAAGGCAGGAUGGUUUCCCUCUGCAUAUGUUGAAAGACAGGAGAAAGCCCCAGCAAGCAAGAUAAUGGAACCAGAUGCUUCUCCUUGAUUUAUCUUCAGUGACAAGUAUAUAUUGCCAUGUAUGUAUUUUUUUUUUUUUUUCCUUUUUUGUGUUCAGUUGUGCAGUUGAGAGUCAUAUAUUUUCCUUUUGUGAAAAGGAGUUAGGCUUUGCUAGUCAAGUUGCUGGUUAUCUCGUGUAACCUAAGGGGACCAUCCUCCUUAGUAGAGUGUUAUUUUCUUUCCUCCAAUAAAGCUGUGUGUUUAAU